GGGUGGUGGUGGCGGUAUUUCUAAACUUUAGAAAGUAUGUUUGCAAAAUCACGACAGGAGGAGAAUGUCAAAGAUGAAAGUGCAGGAUUUGCCAACUGAAGUGGUAUAAAAUUCAUUGCUGGUUAUGUCUGUUUCAUGAGGAGCCUGCUAGUGACUAGAUGGCUUCAAAGAAAAUUCAAAGAAUUGGACUUCCUAAGAGUGUGGAGCUUAGUUUGUUGAAGUGCAAUGUGAUUACAUGUCAUGAUCUGCUUUGCAAGAAUUCCGUAGAGUUGCUGUCCAUUCUAGGUGUUGGUUUAAGACAAGUGGAAGAGACGGUACUUGCUGUCAGUGAAGCUUGCACCCCUAGAGUCCAAACGGCCCUACAGCUGAAGAAGAAGAUCAAUACAGACCGGCCUAGUUUCAUAAAAACGUCUCUCACUAGCUUAGACACUGCUCUGCAUGGAGGACUUCCCGUAGGCACCAUUACAGAGAUUGCAGGCCCGUCUGGAUGUGGAAAGACUCAGUUCUGCAUGAUGCUAGGUGUGCAGGCAACGAUGGGAGCAGACAGGGGCGGCUUGAACGGAGCAGUUGCUUACAUCGAUACAGAAUCUGCAUUCAGUGCCACAAGAUUGGUGCAAAUUGCAAGAAGCAAGUAUCCGCGGUAUUUCACGACUGAUGAGAUGUUCAUGAGACUUGUCAACAAUGUGCAUAUUUAUCAAGAGACCACUUGUAGUUCAUUACUGAACCGACUUGAAACAUUUGAAGAAGAAAUGAUAACGAAGGGAAUCAAAUUGAUCAUAGUUGAUUCCAUUGCAUCUUUAGUGCGGAAAGAAUUUGACAACAGGCUAUACGGAAACCUGCUUAAACGGACAAAUCUUCUAGCAAAACAGGCAGCAAUUCUUAAAAAUCUAGCCGAGAAUUUCUCCAUACCGGCUCUUAGUAUUUUUCUCAUUACAAAAUCAACUCCUACCUUCAUCCUAAGGCAAAGCAUAUCACAUAGAUGUAAAAUAACAUAAAAAAUGAAGCCAACCUCAACAAGGUGACUCUGGGCCAAAUUUGCUAAAGUGUAGUAGUAGCCGAAAAUCACAAUAUGCCGAUUCCAAAGCUUGAUCCUCCUGGACAUAUUGGCUAUGUUCUCACACGGCAGCUAACGGUUUAAGCAGAAUCCGAAGAUUCCGAUCCAGAUACCAAGUAUAUGAUGAUCGAAUCACUGGCCAAUAAGAAACUGGAAAUCGUAAAUGUGUACGUGUGAUUGGUUGAUAAUAGGAACGCGCUCAACUUGCCAACCGAUAGCGCUUGCUAACCGUUAGCGGUAUCCGGAUGUUCUCACACAGGUGCUAACGGUUAGCUCCCGAUCCGGAUACUAGGGCUCUCGUGAGAACCAGGCUAUUAUUUUUUUCCCAACAUGAGGUUAGUGAAUAGUCACUAACUACAUAUCACAGACAGACUAACCAACGAGUGGUGAUAUUCAGGUACAAGUUGUACUAAAGGUAAAGGUUGGAGAAUAAUAGAUAAGUUGCAGCGCCAGACAAUAAUUUAAAACGCAGCCUAUCAUCAUACAGAGGUGCUAAAUUAUGGAAUAAACUUAGUGAUGACCUGAAAAACUCAAAUACAAUUUCUAAUUUUAAAAUGAAAAAAUAGAAGUAUUACAGUUAAUGAUGUAGUGUACAGUAUAUACUGUAGCCUUGCUGUUGUGUUGACAGUCAUUUCUUCAUUUGGUUUUUUUUUCAUGUUGGAUGCUUUGGGGUUGCCAAACAUUGUAUAGGAACUUUGUUCCUUUGUUAUUGUUUUUGAGGAAAUUAAAAUAUUAUUAUUAUUAUUUAAGAUAAUUCAGUUAUAAUUAAUGUUAAGUUUCAUUCUGUAAUGUGAUUUUCUUUUGUAAUUUGUAUAUUUUUACCAUUUUAUUUUAAUUUCUGUUUUGUUGAUUUGCACAAUGUCUUUUACGGCCUUGUUGAAAAACACCGUUGAGGUGAACAAGUAUUUCCGUAGUUAAAUAAAGUUAUUAUUAUUAUUAUUAUUAUUAUCUUCUAAUCCCAGGGUCCUGGGUUUGAUUCCUGUAACAACAGGACUUUUUCUCACUGCUAAAAACUUAUAAGCCUUAUGAAGAGACUUCACUGAUAAAAGCAUCACAUUACUUGGUUUAUUUAAGAGGGCCCUGAAUAUCGGCUGGCCUUCUUGGAUUAAGCUAGAAUGAUUCACCCUCUAUAAAUAUGGUUAAAAACAUUUUUUUUAAAUAGUAAUUUUAUUAUAGAUUUUGAAUGAAUUUGAGUGUGGUAUUUUUGCAUCUGUUAUUCUGUGAGAAACAUAUUUUCUUUGUGAAAAUUUUUAUUUCAAAGCUAACUACCUAAAUAUGCAAAGCAAUUGAAAUGUUGAAUUUUAUCUUUCAAUUUUAUUAGCUAAUCACAGACAAUAUCUUGAAAUCAUGACCUAGAUAGAUUCAAAUUAAAUCAUGAAUUCUCAUGGAAAAUAAUCGCAGAAUGAAUUUGUUUCUCAUUCGCAAACUGUUUUGUAAUGUCUCUGGCAUUCGAUUAUUUAAUGGUAUGCUUUUAUUAAAAUGGAUAUUUUAGUGAAUGCGUAAUAAAUGUUACCGUUUCCUUGCCUAAUCCCUUAAUGGGACCGAGAGAGAGGUGUGAUUUUGUCUCUGCUUUAAAUGCUCUGUAAGACUUCUUAAUACAUGCCUUGCUGUGGCAAAAACCACCUCUAUUCUACAUAUGUUUAUGUUCAGUAUUUAAAAAAAACUAUAUAAUACUGCUAAAUAUAUAAAAACAUAAACACUUAAUUUAAAAUAAACAAAUGUUUAACCACUUAAAGCAAUAUUUUGAGAUACAGCAUACAAUUUGUUAUCUCUUAAUAUAACAUAAUAGAAUAUAAUAAAGUCAUAAUUGAGAAGUGUGAUCAUUAUUAACAUGCAGUUUAUAUUAAAAUUAAUAAUAUAGGUGGGAAUACUAAAGUAUAUUCAACUUUCAAUUCUUAGCUUAAGUUUAGCUUUAGGUGUCAUUGUUUACCUAGGAGUAUGUGUAACAUAAGCUCAGAUUUAUCAGUGCACUAUGUUAAUUUCCAAGUGAUACUAUCUUUGUUUUUAUUAUUAUUAUUUUUGUUGUUGCGGUCGCAAAAGUAAUCCUAAUCAUUUUCCUUGUGGACUGUUCCAUAAUGGCUCAAAUAGUUAAUAAAUGAAUUGAGCUAAUCUCAAUGUGGGCAAGGAUUUUAACGUUGGUAGUAAUAUCUUAAAUGAUGAAUUGUAGUGGCCACUUACACUAGUCAUUUAUGUGAUCAUUUUCAAAUGGAGCCAUAAAUCAAUUAAGAUGUGUAAAAUGAUUGGUAUGUGAUUCAAUUAGCUAAAAUCUCAUGCAUCAGGCUGAGUUCACUGGUUGGAUAUCACCUGUGUUUGUAUAGUGUUAAGUGAAAUGUUUGUCCUUUCGUGUUGAUCCCUGUAGGCUAUCCCUCUAGACUUUAAUCGAAUUGAUCGCCGGAGUUGCUGGUUCCGAGUAGGUAUCGGAGUGCUAAGAGCGUAUGAAACCCUAUAAUUGGUCAAGAUACACGCAGCUAGUCACGACUGGUAUACUUUAGUAAUUAAGCUGUGGUUAAACACAAGAAUGACAUUUUCUGAGUCUAAACCAUCAUCUGAUGUAGGUCUGAGUACAAUUGUGUAUAGUUAUCUCAGUCUGGUCCAGUCAUACCAACAACCUUUGUGUUUAAAUUCUGUACUGCCCUUUGAUUACUGUACAUUAUGUCAAGAUUGUGCAAAAUUCCAGGAUUUAAUUUUUUGCAUUUAUAACUUCAUUCUUCCUACUGGGAAGUCUUAAUGUAAAGCUAUAUACAUGUUAAUCAAAUUUUUCUUGACAAAAACUGUUGUAUGCCCAUAUAUAGUCAUGAUGUCCCUAUAUAUGGUCAUGAUGUGAUGUCAUUAUGACCAUAUUUAGGCAUGUAACAUUUUUUUGUCAAAUAAAAGUUGAUAUUCUUGACAAAGCUUAAAGUGUUACAUAGAUUAUUGCAUUUUUGAAGUAAAUAUU